UGUUUUGUGCCUCGGCCCUGCUCCUCCUCCUCCUCCUCCUCCCUGCUCGCUCCCCUCCCCCAGCGGCCGCGAGUGAGCGCGAGCGCCACAGAGCCCCGAGCCGCCGCCGCCGCGGAGCGCGCCCCAGACGCCGAACAGGUGGCCGGAGACUGCGGGCGCCGAGGCGAGGACGGAGGGCGGAGGGCGGCCCGCGGGCAGCGAGAGGCCGGGCCGCGCGGGCCUCCGGGCGCCGAGCAUGCGAACCGAGCGGCCCCCCGGCUCCGCCGCUGCCGCCGCCGCGCGCCCCUAGCCGCCGCCGGCUGCGCCCGGGCGCCUGUUGUGCCGUCCCCGGGCCCGCGGCGCCCAGGGUCCAGCCGCCCCGGCCCGGGGCCGCUCCAGCCGAGGGGCCAGCGAGGGAGCAGCCAGCGGGACAGCGGCGGCUGCAGCAGCAUGAAAGUGACGGUGUGUUUCGGGAGGACCCGGGUGGUCGUGCCGUGCGGAGACGGCAACAUGAAAGUUUUCAGCCUCAUCCAGCAAGCGGUGACCCGCUACAGGAAGGCCAUCGCCAAGGAUCCAAACUACUGGAUUCAGGUGCAUCGUUUGGAACAUGGAGAUGGAGGAAUACUGGAUCCUGAUGACAUUCUCUGCGAUGUAGCAGAUGAUAAAGACAGACUGGUAGCGGUGUUUGAUGAGCAAGAGCCACACCACGGAGGUGAUGGCACCAGUGCCAGCUCCACAGGCACCCAGAGUCCAGAGAUAUUUGGCAGUGAGCUUGGCACCAACAAUGUUUCAGCCUUUCAACCUUAUCAAGCAACCAGUGAAAUUGAGGUCACACCUUCUGUCCUUCGUGCAAAUAUGCCUCUUCAUGUCCGACGAAGCAGUGACCCAGCUUUAAUUGGCAUCUCAGCUUCUGUCAGUGAUAAUAAUUUUUCCUCUGAAGAGCCUUCACGGAAAAAUCCCACACGCUGGUCCACAACAGCUGGUUUCCUCAAGCAAAACUCUGCUGGCAGCCCCAAAGCCUGUGAGCGGAAGAAAGAUGAAAACUACAGAAGCCUCCCACGGGAUACCAGUAACUGGUCUAACCAAUUUCAGAGGGACAAUGCUCGCUCGUCCCUGAGUGCCAGUCAUCCAAUGGUGGACAAGUGGCUGGAGAAGCAAGAACAGGAUGAGGAUGGCGCAGAAGAAGACAACAGCCGUGUUGAACCAGUUGGACAUGCUGACACUGGGUUGGAGAAUAUACCCAACUUUUCUCUGGAUGAUAUGGUAAAGCUCGUACAAGUCCCCAACGAUGGAGGGCCUCUGGGAAUCCAUGUAGUGCCUUUCAGUGCUCGAGGCGGCAGAACCCUGGGGUUAUUAGUAAAACGAUUGGAGAAAGGUGGUAAAGCUGAACAAGAAAACCUUUUUCAUGAAAAUGAUUGCAUUGUCAGGAUUAACGAUGGCGACCUUCGAAACAGAAGAUUUGAACAAGCACAACACAUGUUUCGCCAAGCCAUGCGAACACCCAUCAUUUGGUUCCAUGUGGUUCCGGCAGCGAAUAAAGAGCAGUAUGAACAACUAUCGCAGAGCGAGAAGAACAGUUACUACCCCAGCCGCUUCAGCCCUGACAGCCAGCACCUGGACAGCAGGAGCGUGACCAGCGCCGCACACCCGGCACUGCAGCGGGCGCCGCGGCGGAGCAGCCCGCCGGAUCAGACGGACUCCCACCCACGACUACCUCACGGCGCCAGCCCCCCCGGGAAGCCGCCGUCCGCCCUGGCCCCAGCCCUGCAGAAUGUAUUUAACACGAACGUGAGCAGUGGUUAUAACACCAAAAAGAUAGGCAAGCGGAUUAAUAUCCAGCUGAAGAAAGGUACAGAAGGUUUGGGAUUUAGCAUCACUUCCCGAGAUGUAACAAUAGGUGGUUCAGCUCCAAUUUAUGUGAAAAACAUCCUCCCAAGAGGGGCUGCCAUUCAAGAUGGCAGGCUUAAGGCAGGGGAUAGACUUAUAGAGGUAAAUGGAGUAGAUUUAGCAGGCAAAUCCCAAGAGGAAGUUGUCUCCCUGCUGAGAAGCACCAAGAUGGAAGGGACUGUGAGUCUGCUGGUUGUCCGCCAGGAGGACGCCUUCCACCCGAGGGAACUGAAUGCAGAGCCAAGCCAGAUGCAGAUUCCAAAAGAAACGAAAGCAGAAGAUGAGGAUAUUGUUCUCACACCUGAUGGCACCAGGGAAUUUCUGACGUUUGAAGUUCCACUUAAUGAUUCAGGAUCAGCUGGUCUUGGUGUCAGUGUUAAAGGCAACCGGUCGAAAGAGAACCAUGCGGAUUUGGGAAUCUUUGUCAAGUCCAUCAUUAACGGAGGAGCAGCCUCUAAAGAUGGAAGGCUUCGGGUGAAUGAUCAACUGAUCGCAGUAAAUGGAGAGUCCCUGUUGGGCAAGACAAACCAAGAUGCCAUGGAAACACUAAGAAGGUCCAUGUCUACCGAAGGAAACAAGCGAGGAAUGAUCCAGCUUAUUGUAGCAAGGCGAAUAAGCAAAUGCAAUGAGCUAAAGUUACCUGGGAGCCCCCUUGGACCUGAGCUGCCCAUCGACACAGUAUUGGAUGACAGGGAACGAAGAAUUUCCCAUUCCCUCUACAGUGGGAUUGAGGGGCUUGAUGACUCACCCACAAGAACUGCUGCACUCAGCAGGAUAAUGGGUGAGUCAGGUAAAUAUCAGCUGUCCCCCACAGUGAAUAUGCCCCAAGAUGACACUGUCAUGAUAGAAGAUGACAGGUUGCCAGUGCUUCCUCCGCAUCUUUCCGACCAGUCAUCCUCCAGCUCCCAUGAUGAUGUGGGAUUCGGGGCCACAGAUGCUGGCAGCUGGGCUAAGGUUACAAUCAGUGAUUCAGCCGAUUGCUCUUUGAGUCCAGAUGUUGAUCCAGGUCUUGCUUUUCAACGAGAAGGAUUUGGACGCCAGAGUAUGUCAGAAAAACGCACAAAGCAAUUUUCAGAUGCCAGUCAAUUGGAUUUCGUUAAAACGCGAAAAUCAAAAAGCAUGGAUUUAGGUAUAGCUGACGAGACUAAACUCAAUACAGUGGAUGACCAGAAAGAAGGUUCCCCCAGCAGAGAUGUGGGGCCUUCCCUGGGCCUGAAGAAGUCCAGCUCAUUAGAGAGUCUGCAAACAGCAGUGGCUGAGGUGACCCUAAAUGGGGAUAUUCCUUUCCAUCGUCCCCGACCGCGGAUAAUCAGAGGAAGGGGCUGCAAUGAGAGCUUCAGAGCUGCAAUCGACAAGUCUUAUGAUAAGCCUGCAGUAGACGAUGAUGAUGAAGGCAUGGAGACCUUGGAAGAAGACACAGAAGAAAGUUCAAGGUCAGGGAGAGAGUCUGUAUCCACAGCCAGUGACCAGCCUUCCCACUCUCUCGAGAGACAAAUGAAUGGAAACCAAGAAAAAGGCGAUAAGACUGAUAGGAGAAAGGAUAAAACUGGAAAAGAGAAGAAGAAAGAGAGAGAGAAAGAAAAGGAUAAACUGAAAGCCAAGAAGGGGAUGCUGAAGGGCUUGGGAGACAUGUUCAGGUUUGGCAAACAUCGAAAAGAUGACAAGAUUGAGAAAACGGGUAAAAUAAAAAUACAGGAAACCCUUACAUCAGAAGAGGAGAGAAUACGAAUGAGGCAUGAGCAGGAGAGGAUUCAAGCCAAAACUCGAGAAUUUCGAGAGCGACAAGCUCGAGAGCGUGACUAUGCUGAAAUUCAAGAUUUUCAUCGGACAUUUGGCUGUGAAGAUGAGUUGAUGUUUGGGGGAAUUUCUUCAUAUGAAGGCUCCAUGGCACUCAACACCAGACCCCAGAGCCCACGAGAAGGACAGAUGUUGGAUGCUUUGUAUGCCCAAGUGAAGAAGCCGCGGAGUUCCAAACCUUCACCUGCAGACAGCAACAGAUCCACUCCUAGCAACCAUGAUCGGAUACAGCGUCUGCGGCAAGAAUUUCAGCAAGCAAAGCAGGAUGAAGAUGUGGAAGAUCGGCGACGCACCUAUAGCUUUGAACAACCCUGGCCCAACUCCAAGCCCUACACGCAGAGCGGCAGGCACUCCGUCUCCGUGGAGGUGCAGAUGCAGAGGCAGCGCCAAGAGGAGCGGGACAGCUUCCAGCAAGCCCAGCGCCAGUACAGCUCUUUGCCUCGGCAAAGCAGGAAAAACGCCAGUUCUGUCUCCCAGGAUUCUUGGGAGCAGAACUACUCCCCCGGGGAAGGCUUCCAGAGUGCCAAGGAGAAUCCCAGGUACUCCAGCUACCAGGGUUCCAGGAACGGCUACAUGGGCGGGCACGGCUUCAACGCCAGGGUCAUGCUGGAGACCCAGGAGCUCCUUCGCCAGGAGCAGAGGCGGAAGGAGCAGCAGAUGAAGAAAAAGCCGCCUCCCGAAGGGCCCGGCAACUAUGACUCGUACAAGAAAGUCCAGGACCCCAAUUACACCCCUCCCAAGGGGCCCUUCCGGCAAGACGUGCCCCCCUCCCCUUCUCAGGUCUCUCGGCUGAGCAGACUGCAGACUCCUGAGAAAGGGAGGCCCUUCUACUCCUGAGCAGAAGGACAGGUACCCCGUGUCACGCAAUAAAGGACAUUUUCCUACAAAGACUUGUAUUUUGGGAGUUUUUUAAGAACCUUGAUGGUACUAUGGAAAAAUUCUGUUGUUCGUAUCAGUGCCUUUAAGCAGGAUGAGCAGAAUGUGGAAGGCCUUAACGUCUUUGCCACUAUGUGUCAAGUGUCUGUUUCAUGGAAGGAUUUCCCACCAUCUGACAAUCAUCUGUUCCAGGUGUUCACAAGCCCUGUGUCUUUCUGGAGUACCAGGAAUCUUGUCCCAACCCACAGGACGGCAUGGCUUUGUUACUCCAGCCCCAACGCAACUGGUGGUGACAGAUGAACUUGAAGUUGAGGGUAGGAUGGGUCCCUCUUUCUCCCUUAACAUUUGCUUGGAUGUGAGGUGACAUCUCAGUCCCUGGUGGAUGGAAGUGGGUGAUGCAAACCAGAAAUUGGAUCUGGAAGGUACUUCAUAGCACACUCAUUUAUUGCAGUUCUUUGCAAUUAGUACGAUUUUCCAUUUUCUUCCUCAGCUUCCCAUAAGGGGAAAGUUCCUUUAUCCUAUCAAAGGAGCUAAGCCAUAGUCUAACACUUUUUUUGGUUAUCAUGGGAGUCCUUUUUUAACUACCUUCUAGCUCAAGGUUAUCAAUAAAAUUAGCAGUGAUGAUGAUGGUCUGUGUUUAUAAAUACACUUGUUCUCUCAUGUUCCCAGCCCCUUGGUGGAGUCACCACAGCUCUGCAUAGGGGGAAGGAGCAGGCCUGACGAGUGAAUCAGCUUCUGGGAGGAUGGGCGCUGAGGAAAGAAGUCUCCCAGCAUGAGCUUAUGGUCCAGCACAUCCCAAUAAUUAUUUUAAUUAGUUUUCGUUUUGACAGGUUGGCAGGAGGGUGUAGAGUGGGACAAAGAUAAAUCAGUCAUUUCUGGGUUCUAAAAACUGAUCUGCUGUCAGUGGUUUUUAAAGUCCAUUGAAAUCGUUGCAUGCCUGGCACAUCCACCCACUGCAUCUCUGCCGGGCAGCGCCACGUUGCUAAAAAAGUCCACCUUGAAACAUAAAAGACAACAAAGGGAAAAACCUUUAUGCAUCAUACAGAGAACAUUUUGGGGUCCCAAAACAGUGGUAACAAAAGAUUGCUCUCAUGUCGAUAUUUUCACUGUACGAUGGGUCGUGAGAUCCUCUUUUGCUUUCGUAUUUGUUUGUCGGUCUGAACUUCAUGUAUUGUAAACCAUGGCUGGAUUGCUGAAGUGCCUGCAAAUCCUGAUGUGAAAAAGCUUGAGAUUAAAGCUCAGCAUACCAUGUGUUAACAAAAAAAAGAAAACGGGAAAAAAAAAAAGAGACCUAUUGAUAUGCCUAUUUUUUUUACUGGCACAUUGUAUUUUUGUGUUGACUUGUUUCUAGAAAAUAUGUGAAGUGUCCACCCACAUACCUAUGUCUUUUAUGCAUUUCUGUGUACGGUUCUAUUUGUUAAUAAUGCACAGCCAUGUUUAAAUGCCGUUACCAGUGUAAACGCGAUCACCGUCGGUGACAGUGGCUCUUUCUCACGGCCUUCCCUGAGCUGUGAGAAACAGCUUUCCCUGUAUAUAUGAGACUUAUAAUAAAAGACAUAUUUCUUCCUGUU